CAGCCACUAGACACAUCUGCUUCAUGUCCACGGCUUGAAACACGGUCGUGAGAGACAGGUGUGAAAUCAGUGUCUGUGCAUCCAGGAUGUGGGGAAAGGUGGUGCAACUGGUCACUCUAGCAUGGAUGGGCCUCGAGUUCACGGCAAGCUAUCAGAUGUAUCCCAACACUCCAGCACAAGUGCCAUACUACGGCAAUGAAAUAUACAACCAAAACCCAACACAGAGCCAACAACUGACACCUAGACUGGUACAAUCACAGAGUUUUAGUGCCAAUUACAACCCAAAACGUACGUACUCUCAAAGACCUGGACAGAGACCGGCAAACCGACAGGUUGGGACGCAUCAAUCCCCAACGAACACAAACGUCCCUAAAAGGAAGAACAGAACGAAAAAAACUAAAGCAUCCAGCCGUCAAAGCUAUUAUGAUACAAUGAUGGCUAGACGAAGAGUAGCAGCCAUGCACUACCGGUUCCGGGCUCAAACCUGUGACCCCCAGAUGUCGCUGUACUGCCGUUGUUCCCGAAUGGACUGUCAGGAAACUGAAUUACAGGUGUUCCCAUGUGGCUUUAUGUGGUCGGGUAGGAGGUGCUGCAAACGCUGGUGGGUCAUGAAGUGCAUGAUGUCAGAGAUGAUGUCAGGUUCAAGACAUGGUGUUGAUAGACAAGACGGUCAAGGUCAACAUCAAGGUCAACAUCAACGUCAACAUCAACGUCAGCGUGGAGGUCGCAUGUCAUUACAGGCAGCCAUGAUGGCGCCCAUGUUGAUGGAAGUUUUCGAAAUGUGAUGGCCUUUCGAAGACCUGUUCAUCCUUGGUAAUAUAUACCCACACGGCCCUACUGCUCGAAAUAAGGUAACGGAAUUUCUGGGAUAGCCAUCAAUUCAAAUCGGAUACCAGAAGUUGACACCUAAAAACCACGAAAAAGAAGAUGGCACAUACAGAUACAAUAAACAUACCGGAACUAACAGUGAUUGACAUUUCUGUGGAACUGUUGAAACAAUGCAUUUGUAAUGGUCUUAAUUACAUAGAUAAGAAUAUCCCUGUAACCCUGGUUACUGUUACUCUCUAAGUUAAUUAUCUUU